GUUAUUAUACUUCAUUUCCCAGAAUUCAUUAGUGAGAGUUGUGACGUAUGGCGUACCAGGGAGGGGAUAGGAAGAAAGUGCUUCAGAGAGAGAUAGGACUAAACAUUUUUACACAGGUUGUACUGUUAACAGUGUGAGUGUGCAGUCCUCCUUGUGAAGGAAGGAGAGGCACCAGGGACCAUGAGCGAGAAUGGCCCUCGUACGGAGGCGUCCAUGUACUUUGAGGUAGAGGUGGAUCCCCUGGGGCGGGACGAUGAGGAAGAAGAAGACAAGAUCCACUUUGACAAAGACGAUCACCUGAUCAAUGAGCCUUCAUCGUCUUCUGGUCGGGUGUAUGACCGCACCACAGUGCUCAUUGAGCGGGACCCCAUUCGGUUGGAUGAGGAGGGCGAGGAGGAGGGUCACUGCGGAGGGGACGAAGAUGGAGUUACCUUCCUUACUGAAGGGGAAGGAGAUGGAGACGAAGAGGAGGGCUCUCUGACCUUUAUGGCCGACCCUGAUGGCAUGUCACAGGGUUAUGUGCACCACACGAUUUCUCCAGACCAGAUCCAGUUCACAAUUAAUCCAGGCUCUACCCCAAUGCCACGCAACAUUGAGGGUGCCACCCUCACCCUGCACUCUGAGUGUCCAGAGACCAGGCAGAGAGAGGUGAAGCGCUACCAGUGCAUGUUCGAAGGCUGCACAAGGACUUACAGCACGGCGGGAAACCUGCGAACACACCAGAAGACCCACCGGGGUGAAUAUACAUUUGUGUGUAAUCAGCAGGGCUGCGGAAAGGCCUUCCUCACCUCUUACAGCCUCAAGAUCCACGUCCGUGUACACACCAAGGAGAAGCCGUUUGAGUGUGACGUGCAAGGCUGUGAGAAGGCCUUUAACACCCUGUACAGACUAAAAGCACACCAGAGACUUCACACAGGCAAGACGUUCAACUGUGAAUCGGAGGGAUGCACAAAGUACUUUACCACUCUCAGCGACCUGAGGAAGCACAUUCGCACACAUACCGGGGAGAAGCCAUUCCGGUGUGACCACGAUGGCUGCGGCAAAGCUUUUGCUGCGAGUCAUCACCUGAAAACCCAUGUACGGACACAUACAGGGGAGAAGCCAUUCAACUGUCCCAGUGAUGGCUGUGAGAAGACCUUUAGCAGCCAGUACAGUCUGAAGAGUCACAUUCGGGGCCACGACAAAGGACAGCCCUUCAGCGUCACCCUAACCCACCCACUCUCUGAAGAUGCAAAUCACUCGCUGUGCCUCAGUGACUUAAGCCUCAUCUCUACAGACUCAGAUCUACGCGAGAACAUCCAUAAUGCGCAGAAUUUGGACCUCAACAAUGUGACCCCUGUGAAAAUAUUUGAGCUCAUGUUCCAGAGUCCAGAAAAUAGUGUCAGCCAAGAUGAAGCCCAUCCCCACGAGAGCCUUGCUGAAGCCUUCGGCCUAGAGACCCCUACCCAGCCAGGAAUGACUGAUGCCUCGUCUCUUAUCUCUUUCUCUCUCACUCCUACCUCCUCAUCUUGCUGUUCCCACACAACUUCAGUCAUGGAGGCUCCUUCCCAGCUCAGUCAGAGCUCUUCCUCUCACGCCUCCACAUCUGCCUCUGUCACUGUUACGGUCACCUCCACACAGCAUCCCCCUUUCAUGCAACUAGCAGGGCCCCAGCAGAUAUCCGAUGUGCCUGCCCAGGCUUCUGUCCAAGCGCCAAACCAUGCCAACACCCAGCACUAUGUGGCACUGCCAUCCGCAUCAUUCUUGCAGCCGGAUAAUGCCACUCAGAGCAAUCCUCUCCCACCACCUAUCUCCGAUACUCCUCCAGUGGCUCCAGCACUGACCACCGCAGCGCCAGGCACUCCUGCUGUGUCUGUUGUUGCAGCCACCACAACAGAAGCUCUGGCAGCUGUAGCUCAAUCUGUGCCUUUGGCCAACAACCCUGUUCCCAAUUCUGGCCCUGGUCUGGCUCCCGCCCCUGCCACCAUUACUAUAGCACCAACCCAGAACCUGCUGCAGCCCAGCCUGGUCAUGUCUGACCAGAACCUACAGUGGAUCCUCAGCAGCGCUGCUAACAGCCAGCAAAAUCCAGAGCAAGCACAACAUCAAGGGGCUCCAAAAGUGGAAAAGGUUUUCUUCACCACAGCCAUACCAGUGGGAGGAAACGCUGGCAACUCGGUCCAACAGAUCGGCCUCAGCCUGCCAGUCAUCAUCAUCAAACAGGAGGAAUCCUGCCAGUGCCAGUGUGCCUGCAGGGACUCUGCUAAAGACAAGAGUUCAAAGAGUGCCUCCUCCAUCGUUUCAGCCUCAUUACAACAGCAACCUUCAGAGGUCCCCCCUCCCCCCCAGAGGCCGCAGCCCCCAGAGCCGCCACACAAUCCCUCAUCACCCUCUGGCUGUCUCCCCGAGUCUUCCUCCAAGGUGGGUGAAGUGAGGCAGGAGGCCGCUCCAUCUUCUUCCUCCUCCUCCUCCUCCUCCUCAGUUCAGACUUUCUCCACGAUAGUGAGCAGCACUGCCACCAAUCCCCCCUCGUCUGACGGGUUAGCCAAUAUGGACGUCUCGGACUUUCUCUCCCUGCAGAGCCCUGAGACAGCUGCCAACAUCGAGGCUCUGCUGCUUGUUGCUGAUGACUUCAACAUGGCCACUGAUGGCAACCCUUAGAAGAGCUGCCAGUCUGGCACACUGUCAGUCUGUUGC